AUGACACCAGCCCUUCGCUCUGCCGAUUCCAGUGGGCCCCCUUCGCCGACUUUCCUGAGGGCCAACUUGCCUCGCAACCAGAGCAACCUUUCGACCGAUGAGAGGACACCUCUGCUGCCAAGUGCAGGGCGAUCCCGAAUCCGAGUCCAGUCUGCCCUCGAGCCCGGCAAGGCUCGAUUGUCGAGGGGCCACAGCUUCAACAAUGGAAGCCUUAGGAGUACUCGACAUCAUAGCCGUGCUGGUUCUUGGGGGACACGACUAGUCACCGCGUUGACACCUCAUGAUUCAAUGAGGGAAUCAAAGGGGUCGAUCCCCGGAGACGAUCGAGUCUGGUAUGAUCAAUUUACAUCGACGGACUGGGUUCAAGACAGCAUUGCAGAUGCCUACCGCGUCAAAGCUUUGCGAAGCCGUACGGAUCUACGAGGCCGCAUAGCGGCAUUCUUCGAUGGCACACAAGGUUGGAUAUUGAGUGCACUUGUGGGGUUCCUAACGGCCAUAUUAGCAUAUCUUGUGGAUGUAUCCGAAGCUCCUGUCUUUGAUUGGAAAGAGGGCUAUUGCUCCACUGGCUUUUUCACCAGUGAAAAGUUGUGCUGUCCGGAUGGAGGCCGUUGUCCGGCUUGGAAAUCCUGGUCGAAUUUCAUCAAAAUUCCUCGCAUCAGCGAGCAGAUCAUCGAGUUCGCAAUCUUUGUUUGUUUAGUGGUGGCAUUCUCAACCGUAUCUUCCCUAAUGACGCUUACCACCAAGACGAUUGUUCCCUCCACGUAUCACAUGUCCACUCUGGAUGAAAACCUCGCAGCUCUGGCUCGACGACCCCAGUCUGACCAGGAGGAUGGAACCGCCAGUCCCAGGCAGAUCGUAGAAGAGAUUGAGACCCCACCACCCAUGAUUUACUACUCUGCCGCUGGAAGUGGCGUUGCAGAAGUCCGAGUUAUUCUGAGUGGAUUCGUCCUCCAUGGUUUCCUUGGAGUCAAAACUCUCGUUGUCAAAACAGCAGCUCUGAUAUUGAGCGUCGCCUCCGGACUGAGUUUGGGAAAGGAAGGCCCCUUCGUUCACAUUGCCACUUGUGUUGGUAAUAUUGCUUGUCGAUUAUUUUCGAAGUACGACAAGAACGAUGGAAAGCGCCGAGAAGUGCUUUCAGCCGCAGCCGCAGCCGGAGUGACAGUAGCUUUCGGUGCUCCCAUCGGCGGUGUUCUCUUUUGCCUGGAAGAAGUUGCAUACUUUUUCCCGGCCAAGACUCUUUUCAGAACAUUCUUCUGUUGCAUAACCGCAGCUCUGACGCUAAAGUUUCUCAACCCGUACGGCACCAACAAAAUUGUCAUUUUUGAAGUGAGAUAUCUCAUAGAUUGGGAGUUCUUUGAGCUUGGUGCUUUCAUCCUCGUGGGAAUGCUCGGCGGUGCCGCCGGAGCCAUUUUCAUUAAAGCAUCUCGAUCUUGGGCGCGAACCUUUCGAAAGAUAAAUGUCAUCAAUAAGUACCCGCUGGUUGAGGUAAUGUUGGUCGCAUUACUUACUGGACUUGUCAGUUAUUGGAACCCUUUAACGAAAAUGCCAGUGGCAAAGUUGCUCUACAAUCUGGCAAGUCCUUGUGACCCUAACAAGCGAGACGAAAUGAACCUUUGUCCUAGCGAUAUCGAUGAAAUCUUCCCCGUUAUUUCGAAACUCGCAAUUGCCUUUUUCAUCAAAGGAAUUCUCACAAUAAUCACAUUUGGCAUAAAAGUUCCAGCUGGAAUAUAUGUGCCGUCGAUGGUUGUCGGAGGCCUCGGUGGUCGAAUCAUCGGCCACCUGGUUCAAUGGGUCGUUCUUCGAUAUCCCACUUGGCCCAUCUUUGGGAAUUGUGCAGCGCAUGUCACCGGCCGCUCUUGCAUUACUCCCGGGGUGUAUGCUCUAAUUGCAGCAGGCUCAACCAUGUGUGGUGUGACUAGGUUAUCAGUGACCCUGGCCGUCAUCCUUUUCGAAUUGACUGGGAGUCUUGAUUACGUCCUGCCGUUUUCGCUUGCUAUUCUCGUGGCAAAGUGGACAGCUGAUCUCAUGGAGCCCCUCAGCAUCUACGAUUUGCUAACAAACUUAAACUCUUAUCCAUUUCUUAACAACAAGCACAAACCAAUCUUCACGUCAGAUCUAGCUGACAUCGUCCCUCGUGUCCGCCGUGAGCGAGUGAUUGAUAUCUCUGCCUCACCACUUGUGCCAGCAAGCACUCUUCGGCAGAAAUUAGAGAUUCUUCACAGAGCAGGAGAGGUCGAUGGCGGCCUCCCCAUUAUCCGAGAUGACAUCCUCGUUGGUCUCAUCUCAGCUCCUGAUCUGGAGUUUGGUUUGGACAACCUCGAGGAUGAAGUCGAUAGCUUGUGUUUAAUGACAAAGGUUGCAAGCAUCGACGAUUCGGACAACGAGGCUAUCGUUGACCCGACAGAUUUUUCAACAUAUGUCAACCAGGUGGGUUUGGCCAGCACUGUUUUCACCAGAAACCCUCUAACGAUACAGGCACCGUUGGCACUUGACAUUCACUCCCCAAUGGAUCUUGUAUAUGAGUGUUUCGUGAAGCUCGGAUUGAGAUAUGUCUGCGUGACGAAGGAAGGGCGCUAUGCUGGACUGACGCACAAGAAGACAUUUGUAAAGUACAUGCGGGAAUUAGAAGAAAAGGAAGGUCAAACGUGA